CUGUCUCUCUUUUCCGGGAUUGUGUGCGCUGUUCGCACACACACAGACCGCCGCUGUUCUCCGGGCCGUCAGUAGGAAACAUGGCGGCCGUCAGCAAGUACUUGACAGCGAAGAACUCCGCGGUGGCUGGCGGUGUCCUACUCGUUUUAUACAUCCUAAAGCAGAGACGAAGAGCCGCAGCACUGAACAGGAAGAAGGGGUCUGGAAAUGAAUUGAACAGUGAGCAGAAAGAUGGCAAGAAAGAAAGGGCUGCUGUGGACAAGCUCUUUUUCAUCCGGAUCUCACGGAUUCUCAAGAUUAUGGUGCCGAGACUCUUCAGCAAGGAGACAUGGUAUCUGCUCCUGAUCGCAGUGAUGCUUGUGACUCGGACGUAUUGUGAUGUCUGGAUGAUUCAGAAUGGUACAAUGAUUGAAAGUGGAAUCAUUAGCAGAGAUAUCAAACUAUUCAAGAGGCACUUUUAUUCCUACCUGACUGUCAUUCCUGGGAUCGCCCUGGUGAAUAACUUCCUGAAGUUGGGCCUGAAUGAACUGAAACUGUGCUUUCGUGUGAGGCUUACCAAACAUCUCUACGAUGAAUACCUAAAGGGAUAUACUUACUACAAAAUGGGAAACCUGGAUAACCGUAUUGCUAAUGCUGAUCAGCUUCUGACGCAGGAUGUGGAAAGGUUCUGUAACAGUGUUGUGGAUCUGUACUCCAACCUCAGCAAACCCUUGUUGGAUAUCGGUUUGUACAUAUUCAAAUUGACUACAGCAAUUGGCGCUCAAGGUCCCGCGACCAUGAUGGCCUACCUGCUGAUCUCCGGCCUCUUUCUGACACGCCUGCGCAGGCCAAUCGGCAAGAUGACAGUGACCGAACAGAAGUACGAAGGAGAAUACCGAUACGUCAACUCUCGUCUCAUCACAAACAGUGAAGAGAUUGCCUUUUAUAAUGGAAACACCAGGGAGAAACAGACAAUUCACUCAACCUUCAAAAAACUGGUGGAUCAUCUGCACAAUUUCAUCUUUUUCCGUUUCUCCAUGGGUAUGGUGGACAGCAUUAUUGCCAAGUAUUUCGCUACUGUUGUCGGGUAUCUAGUCGUCAGUCGUCCUUUCCUAAAUUUGUCUCACCCUCGACAUCUGAACAGCUCACAUGCUGAACUGCUGGAGGACUACUAUCAGAGCGGCAGAAUGCUGUUGCGGAUGUCACAGGCGUUGGGCAGAAUCGUGCUUGCAGGCAGAGAAAUGACGCGUCUGUCAGGCUUCACAGCUCGCAUCACUGAGCUCAUGAGGGUCCUGAAAGAGCUGAACUCUGGGAAAUACGAACGCACCAUGGUGUCCCAGUCAGAGAAAGAUGCUUCAGAAAAGCUCACACUGGUUCCUGGAAGUGGAAGAAUCAUCAACAUAGACAAUAUCAUCAAGUUUGAUCACACACCUCUGGCUACUCCUAAUGGAGAUGUUCUGAUCAGAGAUCUGUGUUUUGAGGUGAAAUCUGGAACCAAUGUUUUGGUGUGUGGUCCGAACGGAUGCGGAAAAAGUUCACUUUUCCGUGUUCUUGGAGAGUUGUGGCCACUGUUUGGUGGGAAUCUGACGAAACCAGAGAGAGGGAAGCUCUUCUACGUCCCUCAGAGGCCUUACAUGACUCUCGGUUCGCUGAGGGAUCAAGUGAUCUAUCCAGACACCCAUGAGAGUCAAAAGAAGAAAGGCAUCUCUGACCUGGUGCUGAAGGAGUAUUUGGAUAAUGUCCAGCUAGGACACAUUUUGGACAGAGAGGGCUCAUGGGAUACAGUUCAGGACUGGAUGGAUGUGCUCAGUGGAGGAGAGAAGCAGAGAAUGGCGAUGGCCAGACUCUUCUACCAUAAGCCCCAGUUUGCCAUCCUGGAUGAAUGUACCAGUGCCGUGAGCGUAGACGUGGAGGAUUACAUCUACAGUCACUGCAGAAAGGUUGGCAUCACCCUGUUCACAGUCUCUCACAGAAAGUCCCUGUGGAAGCAUCAUGAGUACUACCUCCAUAUGGACGGCAGAGGAAACUAUGAAUUCAAACCCAUCACGCCUGAAACUGUGGAGUUCGGCUCUUAAAGGGGAGCGACAGCACUAUCAGAGGCCCUAGAUGGGUGCCCUAACAGUUCACUUCCUAAAGAGUCGCUUGCCAACCUAAUCUAGGAGUUUGUUUUUAAUCAUCUGUAACCUUUAUUUUUGGGAUGAAGUCGUGUUUAGGAAUUUAUUAACACUACUUUUGUCCUCUCUGAUUGUAUAUAAUUUUGUAAUUUAAGCAGUCCAAUUUAUAGGACGUCCGUUAAGUACGCCGAAAACAGCGUAUUACCGUGUCUUGUCAGUGCACUAAAUUGUUUAAUAAAUGAAAUUUUGUCCAUAUAGGCUCACGCAAACCAACACCAUCAGACUGAACCACAUGAUAAUGAAUUAUUAUUGCCUUUUUUCAUCAGCUAAACCUUACAUCAUGAAUCCUUUUAAGCUACUAAGUGGCCUUAGCGCUCAUUGCAGCAUCGUCGGGAGGUUUGAACGUGUGCGAGUUGCUUUUUUAGUGCACUUUAGCGUGGAUGGAGAUAUGAAAAGCUGAAAGACUCCAUCUGUAUUCGAUGAGAAGUCGCCUAUGCACUUGUUUACUCCAGAAUUUUCGAUGUGAAUGUCAGAAACGUCAUUGUCGUAGCAUUUCACACAUGAAGCAAACAAACCACUUUGCUGUACGUUUUCAUUAAAAAAAGGAGAUAUUGGUACUA